UUUCCCGGACAAUAAAUUUCAUUGUUCGUCACUUCGAUUUGAUUCAAUAAUGAUUGGUGUUAUUCUCUUUCAAAUCAAUUUUCUGGCGAUCGCACUAUUUACCAUCUUUUGUGCAAAUCGGAAAAAGAAGAAUGGGGCAGAUGGAGAAGGCGGCGAUGUCUCUCUUGUUCAACCGGGCGCUCAGAAGAACGCGCCGGCACCUACUACAACAGGAGCAAAACCAAUCAAUGACGAUUUCUCGGUUGGUGUUCCAUUGCCGAAUCAACCGUUGGCCGAUAAGUCAGAAGAGAGGACAAUGGCAGACAUCGAGUCGAUCCAAAGUGAGAAAGUGCAGAUUCGAGAUAAAAAGAUGAAGUCAAAAUUGGCUGCUCCGGGUGCUCCGCCGAAGCCUGCACAAUCUCCCGGUGGUGGUGGUGGUGAGAAAAUUAAUGUUUUGAGAUCACCGGCUGCUGCUUGAGAACUUGAGAAUUCGUCGUCGAAAUUUUCAAUAAAGUGGUUUUUUUUU